AUGUGUAAUUCUUCAAGUCAUGCUGUUUCCUUGCCUCCCAAAAAUAUUAACCCUGCAAUUGAUAUCCCUCCACUGGAUAUGACUGGCGGACAAUGUACAUGGUGUGGAAAAUACGGCCACAAAAACCCAGGGUGUCCACUACUUAAGUAG